ACAAGACAUAAGCAGCAAAGAUGGCUCGGCAACCUCCAAGCUAUGAGCUUCUGUCAGAAGAAAAGACAAAGGAAAUGUUGAAGCUCUUUAAAGGCGAAAGAACUGGAUUCGUUCUUGUUGGUCCAAAAAAAUACUUCUUCCCGUUUAGAUAUAUAGAACAGGGUGAAGGUUUUUAUAAUUUCAAAGUUAGAUCAGAUGACACAUGGUUGCUGUCACAUCCAAGAUCGGGGACGACUAUGGCGCAAGAGCUCAUAUGGCUAUUGGCUAAUAAUUUGAAUUUUGACGUAGCGAAAAAUCGUCUUCUUACUGAAAGGUUCCCAUUUCUUGAAUUCAGUUUGUUUAAUCAUCCCGAAGUGACCCAAGAAUUUUUAUUCUUUAACAAAGAUGACAAAGUAAAACAAAAAUUAUGUCGGGAAAUAGCUUUGCCCGGUUAUAAAGUUAUUGCUGAAAUGCCAUCACCUAGAUUUAUAAAAACCCACUUGCCUUUCAACAUGUUGCCUGGACUUGCAGAUGCGGGUUGUAAGAUUGUCUAUAUUGCUCGCAAUCCGAAAGACGUUGUAACCUCCUGGUAUCAUCUUAAUUGCUCAAUUAAGACACAAGGAUAUUUGGGUGACUUUUCCACCUUUUUAGAUUAUUUUCUAAAUAAUUUAACACCUUGGUCGCCGUAUUGGGAACAUAUUAAGGAAGCCUGGUAUUUAAGGAAUUCGAAAAAUCUUCUCUUUUUAUUUUACGAGGAUGUCACACACGAUUUUCCAGAAGCAAUUAAGAAAGUAGCAAAAUUUUUGGAUAAAACAUAUACCGACGAAGAAAUUAACAAGGUGACAAAUCAUCUUAAUGUCCAAAAUUUUCGAAACAAUCCGAUGGUGAAUUACUCUGAGUUGAAGGCUUGUGGAAUCAUUAAGGACAGUUCUUUUAUUAGAAAAGGAGGAAACGGGAACUGGCAAGACAUUUUCACUCCAGAAUUAAAUGCAAAAAUAGAGAAUUGGAUCGAAGAAAAUCUUAAAGAUACUGAUCUACGUUUCCCGUCGUUCAACAAUGACAUAAACAACGACAAUUGAAAAUAAUCAAAAAAUGAAAAAGAUUUCAAUUUCGAGUACAGCUUGAUUAUUUUAAAUGUACAUAUUUUUCAAUUUUAUGCAUUUAAACAAAAUGAUUACACAGA